AUGGAUAAGCUGGUUAUCAACCAUCUCGACAAGCUUUUUGUUACAAAUGAUGCUGCCACCAUUGGCAACAAGCUCGAAGUUCAGCACCUUGCUGCUAUUUUCUUGGUUCUUGCUGGCAAGGCCCAACAAGAGGAAUUUGGUGUCGAUGCUAACUUGUGCGUCUCUUUUGCUAGGGAGCUCCUCCAAAAUGUUGAGAACCUCAUCCGAAUGACAACCCAAGUACUAGAGGAAUUGGUUGAAGCAGGUUUGGAUAUUGCUCAAGUUAUUUCUCGCAUGAAAGCUGCUGUUGCUAGCAAACAUUUUGGUCAAGAGGAUAUUUUAUGCCGUAUUGUUGCUCAGGCAUUCAUCCAAGUUUGCCCAAAGAACCCGGCGAACUUUAAUGUGCACAAUGUCAGAGUUGCAAAGCUCUUCGGUGGUCGUCUGCGUGAUAGUAUAAUAAUCCGAGGUAUGGUAUUGAAAAAUGAUGCUGUGAGAAGUAUAAAGAGGAUGGAGAAGGCAAAGGUAAGCACUCCUGAGCAUGCAUCUGGUAGUUUGUAUGCUAAUUUAGAAAAUCGAAAAUUUUCCUUGGACGAUGGAACGAAAAAUGCACUUUGA